GCGGCGUCGAAGCCGCCUGCGCCUCGGAAGGAAGACUCCCACGGCAAAACGAGGAAAUUCAGUUUGGCCGAGAAGAUUUUGCGGAGCGGAAGCGAAGGGAAGCUGCUCAGACAACAGCAGCAGCAGCAGCAGCAGCAGCAGGUGCAAGCAGCUGAAACUCCUCUUCAGCAGAGGCUGUCCCUGCCUAAAGACCAGGGAAAAAGCAAUCUGCAUGUCACGUCAUUAGAAGAUGCAGCAUGUCGCCGAACCAAGGAGCCCCUUGCUAACGGAAGCCCCCGCAGCACGGUUCCCAAGCACGCUCGCAACCUGUCCCGCAGGUACACCGUAGGCGGGCCCCGCAGCUCCAAGGAGAUCCUGGGACUGCAGACGUCGGAGAUGGACAGGAAGAGAGAAGCCUUCCUGGAGCAUCUGAAGCAGAAAUACCCCCACCAUGCUACGGCCAUCAUGGGUCACCAAGAACGGCUGAGAGAUCAGACAAGAAGCCCAAAGCUCUGUCAGAGCCCUCAGCCAGCGAGCUCGGGAGACCAGGCCGAGCAUCUCUCGGAGGCAUCUGCAGACUCUCUGGACGCCAUGUCGGAGGGGGAGGCCCCGAGUCCUUUCUCUAGGGGCAGCCGAACCCGGGCAAGCCUUCCGGUGGUCAGGUCCACGAACCAGACCAAGGAGAGAUCGCUGGGUGUUUUGUAUCUGCAGUAUGGAGAUGAAACCAAGCAGCUCCGGAUGCCGAAUGCAAUUACAAGCGCAGACACGAUCCGUGCUCUCUUCGUCAGUGCCUUCCCUCAGCAGCUCACGAUGAAAAUCCUGGAGUCUCCGAGCGUAGCCAUCUACAUCAAGGAUGAAAGCAGAAACAUUUAUUAUGAGCUCAGUGAUGUGAGGAACAUCCAGGACCGGUCCUUCCUCAAAGUUUACAACAAGGAUCCUGCCCACGCUUUCAAUCACACAACCAAAACUGUAAAUGGAGACGUGAGGAUGCAGAGAGAAAUUGCUUAUGCCAGAGGAGACGGCGCUGGGCCCUCUCGCCCAGGAUCCCAUGCCAAUCCCACUUCUCCUCCGUCCACGCCUGUGGCCCAUUCGAUGCCCCCGUCCCCAUCCAGAAUCCCCUACGGCGGCGUCCGCUCAGUGGUGGUCCCCGGCAACGCCACCCUCCCCAGGGACCGCCUGUCCAGCAUGCCGGUGUCGCGCUCCGUCUCACCCAGCCCGAGCGCCAUCCUGGAGCGGAGGGAUGUCAAGCCGGAUGAGGACCUGAGUGGCAAGAACCUGGCCCUCUUCAGGAACGAAGGCCUGUACGCGGACCCCUACCUGUACCACGAGGCCAGGAUGAGCAUCGCUUCGGCCCACACCGGCCACCCCCUGGACGUCCCAGACCACGUCAUAGCCUACCACCGUACCGCCAUCCGCUCAGCCAGCGCCUACUGCAGCCCCUCUAUGCAGGCAGAGCUGAUGGAGCAGUCGCUGUAUCGGCAGAAAUCCAGGAAGUAUCCCGACAGCCACCUGCCCACGCUGGGCUCCAAGACCCCACCUGCCUCCCCCCACCGAGUGGCGGACAUCAGGAUGAUGGACUUGCAUCCUCACCCCAAUGCCCUCAUGGCUCCUCACGCCCUGCCGCCCGAUCGGGCCUCCCCCAGUCGCCAGUCCUUCAAGAAGGAGCUGGGCCCGGUCAUGUACGUGGAGAGCAAGGCGGUGCGGAACCCUGCAGGCCUACCUGUUGUGGUGGAUGUGAUCGAGAAGCCGGCCUUUGGCUACGGCACCAUGCCAGCCCCCAAAGAUAAAGAGACCAGAGACAGGAUGCAAGCCAUGGAGAAACAAAUUGCCAGUUUAACUGGUCUUGUUCAGUCUGCGCUUUUUAAAGGCCCAAAUACAAGUAAUAGCAAAGAUGCUUCUAGUGAGAAGAUGGGGAAGGCUGGGUCCAGCAGAAGCAGCACGGACAGUGCAGGAGCAACUGUCUCUGGGGCAAAGAGUCCACUACCUGUGCCCGAGUCGGCCGCUGUCCGAGGCCAGACCCCACCUGUGGGCUCCUCCUCCAUCCAAGUCAGCCUCCACGACAUGCGGCGGAAUGUGGCAGAGCUCAAGAUCCAGCUCCAUCAGAUGAGGCAGCUCCAGCUGCAGAACCAGGAGCUGCUGCGGGCCAUGAUGAAAAAAGCAGAGCUGGAAAUCAACGGCAAAGUGAUUGAGACGGUGAAGAAACUGGAGGAUCCGGUGCAGCGACAGCGCGUCCUGGUGGAACAGGAAAGGCAGAAGUACCUCCGCGAGGAAGAGAGGAUUGUCAAGAAACUCUGUGAGCUGGAACAGUUCGUGGAAGACUUGAAGAAGGACUCCUCCUGGGCCGGGAGAGCCGUCACCCUGAAGGACGUGGAAGACGGCGCCUUCCUCCUGCGGCAGGUGGGCGAGGCCGUCGCCACGCUGAAAGGAGAGUUUCCGAGCCUGCAGAACAAGAUGCGGGCUGUUCUGCGCAUCGAGGUGGAGGCCGUCCGGUUCCUGAAGGAGGAGCCCCACAAGCUGGACAGCUUACUGAAGAGGGUCCGCAGCAUGACCGAUGUUCUGACCGCGCUACGCAGACACGUGACGGAAGAGCUUCUGAAAGGCGCGGACCCGGCCCAAGCCGCUCAGUAUGCAGCCCUGGAAAAAGCCACGGCGGCCGAGAUCCUGAGACACCAGGAGGAAUCGGGGUCCCCUCUUGGCCGGUCCUCCCAGAACCCCCCCUCAGCCACCGGGGAGGCCACGAUGUCCACACUCAAGACCGAAGCAGGGGCCGCCUCAUCCGGGUCGGCUCCAAGGGCCCCAAGCUCUCCCGCCCUCAGCCACCCGCCUCAGCCCUCGGUGGCUCUGGCCGGGCCCUCCCAGAACCCCCCGGCCGGGGGUGGCCGGCACCCCUCCAGCCCGCCCGACCCCGGCCAGGAUCCCCAGGCCCUUCCGUCGCCUCAGGCCCCUGCCAGUGGUUCCACUGUGCAGAACUUGUUCAUCGAAGAGAUCCACAGCGCCAGCGCCAGCACCAGGAGCCGGGCCGUGUCCAUCGAGAAAGCAGAAAGGAAAUGGGAAGAAAAAAGGCAAAACCUGGGCCACUAUAACGGCAAAGAGUUCGAAAAGCUGCUAGAAGAAGCUCAGGCCAAUCUCCUGAAAUCCAUCCCCAACCUGGAGAUGCCCCCACAGGCAGCUGCUCAGGCAAAGGGAGACGUGGUGGACAAGGCAGACCUCCUGGAGGAGGGUAAAUCGGAACAGGAGUGCGAUAAACUGGGGAAGGCGCCCCCUCCACCUCCGCCGCCGCCUCCACGUCGCAGCUACCUGCCGGGAUCUGGACUGACCACCACGAGAUCAGGCGACGUGGUGUACACAGUCAGGAAAGAGACCAUCGUGGCUAAGGAAAGCAAGGAAGACACAGGUCAAGUCCCACAGCCCAAAGUCAGCAGAUGCUCCACGGAGGAGAAGGCGUCGGCCCGGGCCCUGCCCGCACCUCCUGUCACAGGCUCUUCUGCAAAGGAUGAGGAGGAGGAGGAAGAGGAAGGGGACCGGAUUAUGGCAGAGCUGCAGGCUUUCCAGAAGUGCUCUUUCAUGGAUGUAAAUUCAAACAGUCAUGUUGAGCAGUCCCGAACAGACAGCCACGUUAAAGACUCUAGCAGGCCCGUGGCUUUAAUACAUCCCAAGGAAAAGAAGGGCAUUUUUGGAAGUUGGAGAACAAAGCAAAUCAAGAACUGGGAAAUUCUCCACGAAGACGCACAGAAAUCAGAGGUCGCUCAUGAAAGUGACUCCCCAGUGGAAUUCAGAAUGGUCGGUGGUGUUUCUCCGGGACCCCUAAAAGUUAGUAACAGCCCUAAAGACAAGAGGGAAAAUGAACCCGAAGAGAAUACUGCAGAAAGGGAAAAAGGCGAUCCCAAUAAGAGUUUGCUUAGAGAGAAUAAAGCCUCUUUACAGAAAGGCAGGUCCACAGUCAACGCAAGCCUCUCUGGAAUCGGUGCAGCAGAAGACGGGGUGAGCCCCGGACAGCCCCAUCCAGUGGUGGAAGCGGAGCAACAAAAGACAAGUUUUGGGAAGAUGAAAGAGAUGAGUCAACCCGCACUUGAAAAUCUGGCUAAGUGCAGCCCCGCCUCUAGGCCACCAGAGCCACGAACCCAGGAGCUCUCGAAGGCUUCCAAGUCGUCCCCCGACCACGACGUGGCCUCAGUCGACUACGGGCAGGUUGUCCUGAGGCCGAAAGGGGGCAGGACCGCUCCCAUAACUCCUAACGAGGAGGCCGACUCUACGGCGAGUUCCCCAACGGAGGAAAGUCCCCCGUCAGACAACAUCGCUUUCAUGAUUACCAAAACCGCGGUCCAGGUGCUCUCGAGCGGCGAAGUUCGAGACAUUGUGAGCAGACAGGGAGGAGACGUCCAGACUGUGAACAUUGAUGCCAAGAAAGAAGCGACUCCCCAACCAGGGGGACUGGAGAACGAAGACCCGGUCGUCUGCUUGGACAAGAAGCCCGUCAUCAUCAUUUUUGAUGAGCCGAUGGACAUCCGAUCUGCUUAUAAGAGACUUUCCACCAUAUUUGAGGAGUGCGAUGAGGAGCUGGAGAGAAUGAUGACGGAGGAGAAGAUUGAGGAAGAGGAGGAGGAAGAGGAGGACAGUGAAGAGCUCGUUACACAACAGAGACGGCAUCAGAUGCCGAAUAAAAGGACGGCUUCAGGUUACUCGGGAAGCACCAGGCCCGGGAAGCAGCCCCAGAGCAAACUGCUGUCUCACCCGACUUCGGCAGAAAGCAGAAUCCCCCGGGGCCCCGAAGCUAGCAAAACAGACUCUACCAAAGACGGCCAGGUUGACCCAAGUGCGGAAGGCAAGCCUGACCAGUUCGACGACCAAUUUGGAAGUGCAAAGAAAAAAUUUAAGUUCAAGUUCCCUAAAAAGCAGCUGGCCGCCUUAACCCAGGCCAUCCGGACGGGAACAAAGACGGGGAAGAAGACCUUACAGGUGGUGGUGUACGAGGAAGAGGAAGAGGACGGGACCCUGAAACAACACAAGGAAGCAAAAAGGUUUGAAAUUUCCAGGUCUCAACCGGAAGAGAUGCCCAAACAGCCGAGCGGGAGGCCGGAUGCCUCUAACCCAGAGUGUCUGGCCCCAGCGUCCAGAACGGAUGAGAUUCGGAAGAACACCUACAGGACGCUGGACAGCCUGGAGCAAACCAUCAAACAGCUGGAAAAUACCAUCAGUGAAAUGAGCCCGAAAACGGUGCCCGACUCCCUGGGCCCUUCCGCUAGAGGCUCCCUCCCGUGCGCGUCCCCCCUAGAGCCAGAGUCCUCCUCCAGGGCAUUAGCAGUCGCCGAAGAGACUAGUGCCGUUCUUGAAUCCCCCCCACCAAUACCUUCAUCUUCACGUAAGGGCCCCGCCGGGACGCCACCGACGAGCCGGAUGCCGGUCCCCAUGAGCUCCAAGACCAGACCCGGAAGCUUGGACAAGCCAGCCAAACAGCCCAAGCUCCAGGAUCCGCGCCAAUAUCGCCAGGCUAAUGGAAGUGCUAAGAAAGCUGGUGGGGACUGUAAGACCACGUCCCCUCCCCUUCCUGCUUCUAAGAUUCCAGCCUUUUCUCCCAGCUCUGGGAAAAGCAGUCCCUUGCCCGCUUCUAGCGACAGCAGCUGUAGCCCACUCCCCCCGCCACACACUAAAUCGUCCAUUCCUCCCGCUAACCUUCUCAGCCCCGCCACAGGCCGCGCCGCUUACUCUUCUUCCCUCAUCCCCUCCGUCUCUAACGGCUCCUUGAAGUUUCAGAACCCCCCUCACCUGGGGAAAGGUCACCAUCUUGCCUUCCCCCUCCAGACUCAAAAUGGCCGACCCUCCCCUCCCUCCUCCACCUCCUCCCCCCCAUCCCCUGCCUCUCCCACCUCACUGACUCCUCAAAGUGUGAAGAGCAUCCGGACCCUCCACACACCGAGCUUCACCAACUACAAGUCACAGAACGGAAAUGCAAGCAAAUCCACAGCAAAAGAGAGCGCUUAAAAAGGCCGCCUCGAUCCUCUCGGGGGGCAGGUUUCUCCAUGGCUUACUUAGGUUCAGUGAUCUGCCCAAUACACUAUUUCAAAGGGGGAGCAUGUUAAAUAGUGGAUUCUUAGAUCUGAGUAAAGCCGUUUUGCAAAAACAUCAUUUCUGUCAGAGUUGCCGAGCAUGUUGUGCCUCCCUGCCUGCCGCACCUGAUAAGGACCCGAAGAGUGUGUGUGUGUUGAGAGAGUUGUGUGUGUGUGUGUGUGUGUGGAGGUGGGCCAUGCAUGAAGAAUCCGUAGGGGCCAGAAUUUUCAGGUGUUUUGUAUAGAAAUAUUUUUCAUUAAGGGGGCCCUAGUCGGGAACAGAGAAAACUUGAGUGUAGUGGUUGAUGCAAACUGUAACGGAAAGAUUUCCUUUUGUUUAGCUUGUUACAGAUUUCUAUUUUUGUCAGAACUUCAUUUCCUUUCAAGGUCAUUUUGCCAAAACAUUUUGAUACUAUAGUAAUGUACAUUUAAACUAGCAUACUGACUGGAAAGUCAGCUUCUACACAGCCACCCGGUUUUAAUGUGUAGACUGGACAUCACCUAGGGCACUGCCAUUAGGAUUAUAUGUAAUGAGUUGCUGAUCCGAUAAAAUGUAUUUCUUUGACAUUUGCUAAUGAUUUUCUUUGCUGAACCCGAGCCCCCUCCUUCAAGCCGGUUUUCCUAUGGUCUGUUGUAGACCACAUUGUUAUUUGCAGUGUGGAUUUUUAAAUGUACACUUCUGUAUACUGGCAAAAUUUUGUGUGUCUGUGUAUAUAUAUAUAUAUAUAUAUAAAUAUCUAUGAAAAAUAAAUACUGUAUGUGGCAGGGCAAAAUAGUUUCAACACACCAAAGUUCAUUUCUAUGCAUGCUUUAAAAACCUUGUUGGGAUAGGGGGAAAAGGUGGCUCUCUGAACAAGUGUGCACCUAGGGUGUUUUUGUAAAUAGCCUUUUUUUUGUAUAACACUAAUGUAAUAUACAGAACUAUAAGCAGAGGACUUUUUGAAACUAAAUAAAGUGCUGCAUGCCUGUAUU